UGCUGCUGCUGCUGUGGAGGCUCUGUUGGCGCUGUGGACGAUGCCGCGAGCUUAGUGUGUUUUUAGCUUUACGUUCGUGCGUUACGUUGACGCGUCUUCGGAUCGCGUCUAUCGGUUGUCGAUUAUUUAAAAGAAAUAACGUCGACUUUAAUAAAUAAUCUCGUUGCUGAUUUAUGCCACGCUUUUGUUGGCUCUCUUCGAUUAUAAAUCUAGUAUUUAUAACUCUGGGACGCUAGAUCAUCUUUGGAUAUCAAAUUGAAAGCACAUUAAAGCUUCCAGUUGUAUUCUGUAUAGCACAGCUGGCAAUUUCUUCAACUUGUUUUAAUUGUACAACAACAAGUGCAACAAUUGGCACAAUUGGCGAUAAAUCAGCAGCAACAACAUUAAGAGAGACGCCGCUUGAACUUUCUGUGAAAACUAAAGGAGGGGAGAAACGAAAACGAAACAAAAAAAAAAGGAAAAUAAUAAAAGAAAAUAAACAAAAUAAUAAAAACGAAGAGCAAGGCAAGGAAAAGCAGGAGGCAGUGCAUCAUUAGCAGACGCAGACGCAUAAAAAAAAGAUACGUUGUUGUCUUGGUUUCAGUUUCGCUUUUGGCUAUUUUGGUAACUCUUGUGUCUGUAUCUGUGAGAUACAAUUAUAUUUUGUGUUGGGUUUAAAGGCCCACGCCUGCCAGGAAUGCAGCAUGUGGCCAUGUAAAGGCAACAGACAGUCACAAAGCAGCAACAACAACAACAACAACAAUUACAACUUCAACAAGUGAAACAACAACAAGUGCAACUGCAACUUGGAGCCCACUUGACUGUCACUUGGCAGUCACUUAACAGUCACUUGGUAUUCCAAGCAGCGAACCGGAAAAGCGUCGAUGAGUUUCCCUUGACUGCCAGCAACAGCAAUUUGAAAUUCCCUCACCUCAAACAAUGGACGCAACGUCAACAACAACACCAGCAACAACAAUUGCAGCUCCAACUCCAGCGACAACAACAACAGUUGCCAGAUCUUUGGAUCAACAGGAGGAGCCAGUCAUUGGUUCACCAAAUCAUUCGCACUACUCGAAUCUCACAAACACCAGCAACAGCAGCAGCAAGAGCAGCAGCAACGUCAGCAGUCCAUCGGUGGCUCACGACACCAGCAGCUCAUCCUCAUCCUCGUCGGCGCCACAGUACAGCGAAGAUUUGCGUGCUGCAGCGGCAUCAACGCGUCCGACUCCAAGUCAACGUGGUUCACACUCUGGCAGCGGUUCCACCAAGACCUGUGAACUGGAUGUGGGCGAGGAGGAGCGUGAUACCUUCUCGCCAGUGUCCAGUCCGGACUGUAACGGUGCUGUUGCUGCAGUUGCUCUCGUUGUUGCCGGCAGCAGCAGCAGCAACUCUGGUCGUGAUAACAAAAGUUACGAAAGCAAAUUGAAGCCACCUUCCAAGGAGGAGAAGCAACGUCAAAACGAGGAAAUUGUGUGCAUGGAAACGUCGACAGUUUCCACUGAGACCGGCUCCUGGGAGUCUGUCUAUCCCAAUGUCAAUGUGAUGUCAUCGCAGGCACAGCCGGAGGGGAUUACGGCCAAUUGCCUGCUGCGGGAGUUUGAGAAGCGGGAGCAACCCUUAAGCACAUCGGGGAAUAGUGCUUGCUUUAUAGACGCCUCGUCGCUGCGCGAUGAGGAUGAGGUGCUGUCCUUUCCCAGCCUGGAUGGUAACCAGGCCUGCGAGCACGAAUUAGAUGCAAAGCCGGAGUCGGAAAUGGAACUGGAACAGUUUCACAAGGCGUUUGCCAAGUGUAAAGUUAAUAGUUUGCCACCACGCAGCAGUCAAUCCAAUUGCAGCUCCGACGUGGAAGCCGAGGAUGAGCAACAACAGGAUUCUAAUAGUGUUACCAACAAUCUAUCCGAUGAGGAGAAGCUUUGGAAGCGGGAACAACAGUUGCCGGCAAGUGUUGCCACCGAUGCCACUGAAGCGAGUAGUGUCUCAUUGCCGGCGGAUGCGGAUUCCUCCGACUCCUCGUUGAGUGCUGCACGAAGGCGACGUGCUGCUCCAACUGUUCCCAUGGCAGUGCCAUACAGUUUCCAGCAUAACACACAACAGUUUAGUGUGCAUCCAUUGGCCAGUAGUCCCAAAUUUGCAUCUCAUCAUGCGCAUGAUCUCAGCUAUACAACGGAUUACUCCUCGAGCAGUCCCGGACACAGUUUGGUGUGGUCGGAUCAGAGCAGGCAACAUCCGCAGUCACAGCAACAGCAACAACAACAGCAACAGCAGUUGUCACAGCAACAACAACAAUUGCAACAUCAUCAUCCAACUGAGACGCCACACAACUCGAUGGUGCAUGUUUUGGAGCCGGUGUCCAGCAGCAACAAUAGCUCCAUUCAUCGGGAUUACACGUUGAGUUCAUCGCUCUCCCAUCAUCGCGAUUCGGGUGCCUAUUGCAGUGAUGCCACCGAUUCCCCAUUGCCCUUGCCACGCACUCCCAAACGUUCCAAGUUUGAUGAAGCGAAUCCCAUUGUUUCUGGUGGCGCCUCCAUUGAGGAUUUCCGGCAAAAGCAUUGCGAUAGUCCAAGUUUGAAGCGACGCACCGAUGCCUGUCCCAUUGUCUCGGGAGGAUUUGUGUCCCUCGAUUUUGCAACCACGCGACCGCUGCAGGAUGAGGAUGACGAGGAGGCGGCGGAGCAUCAGCAGGCGGAUGAGGAUGUCGAGCUGGAGGGCGUAGAGCUGAGGUUUAAACCAACGGGUCAUCUGGCGAGGAAACCGCUGGCAGGCAUUGCCUCCUGGGUGGUGGACAUGAGCGAUUGUCGGCCCGAGCGACGCAAGAGCAGCAGCUCCACAUCCAGCCUGGAGGCAAUGAAUCCGGCACGUUUCCGUGAGCGUUCCGAUUCGAACAGCUCACAUAAAAGUGGCUGUGGUUUCUAUGUGUCACUGGAUGACAUGGACAGAAAGCCAAAGCCACAGGAGAAGCAGCAACCACUGAGCAAAUCCUACACAGCGCCCAAGGCGGCCAAUUUCUUUGUGAAUCUCACGCAGAGCGAUUACCAGACCAAGGAGCAGGAGGAACAGAAGGAGCAAAAGGAGAUGAAGACACAGGAGCAGUCCACAAAUGAGUCUGAUAAAAAGAACAACAUCUUUAGCAUGUUUAUAGACUUUGGAGAGUCGUCCAAGCCGCGUGCCACAAAUGGACGCAAGGAGCCUUUUAACUUGGCUCAGCGCUUGUCCAGUUCCUUGAGCGUGGCACAACGACGUGGCGAGGAUGUGAUGAAGUCCAGUGCCAGCUCCACAGAAACUUUGAUGGCCAAAAGUGGAUCACAGCAGCAGCAACAACAACAGCCGAAGGAGGAGAGCAAAUCUUUGGAUUAUCGCUGCAAUCUGGAGCAGCAACCGUUGACGGUGGCAGCACUGCGACGCAUGUCGCGUCAGGAGCCGAGCAAGCGUCACAGCUGGGGCAGCAACAAUAGCAACAAGGAUCAGGCAACAACGGGAGAUUGCAAGCGUUCCAUUAGCUUGACGGCAAAUGGCGGAGAUCAAGCUGGAGGAGGUGGAGGAGCAGGUUUAAUGAGCAUUAUUGACAAGUUGCCCAUCAUCUCAAAGGCAUCCUCGUUGUCCGUGGACAGUUCGCUGUCGCCAUAUGAUGACUACAGUGGAGCCUCGAAUGCGGGCGCCUUGAGCAGCGGCUCCGAUGAGGAGCAACAGGCGGCGGCGCGUCUCAAGAAGCGUCGUCGGGAUGCACAGCUCAAUGAGACUUAUGAUAAGAGCAGCAGCCUGGCAUCCGUCAUGACAGAGGGUGUCUUGUCCAAGGAUAUGUCACCAGCAUCCAAUACGGACACGGAUGAUCUCACCUUUCAGCAGGAUGAGCAGCUGGCACUGCGGGAGGUGCAACAACAGCAACAACAACAGGUGCCACUACAACUCAGUAGCAGCUCCAAUCGCACCUCGAUUAUGGAAACAAUUAUUGAGGCCAAGGAGACGGCAUCGCCCAAGAAGCAAGCGACGACUCUGAGUAAUGGCCACACCAUGGAAACGUUGCAUGCCACAAUUGAGAAGCAGAAGCAGCUGCUGGAAACGGUCAAUGAGCACUCGGAGCAGCCGGCUAACUUUGUCAAACUCUCGGACAUGGAUAAGAAACCGGUGACGAAACAUGAACUGCAAUCUCCGGAUGCAAUGAGCAAAAGUGCUGGCAAUCAACGGAGCAAUAGUCAGCGAUUCUAUCGCGAUGAUCAGCAUCGUCUGGCACGUCCACAUUCCUGGGCCAUGACACGUUCCACCGGCGGCAAUAACAACAAUAUCCAAAACUUUGCCAGCUCUGUGGACAACUUGAGAAGUUUAUCGCGGCUGUUUCCCAAUUUUAGCAAAGAGUUCUCCAACUCGUUGCCCGGUGAUAUGACCCUGGACAAUGGACAAGGACAACAGCAGCCACAAGUGGAUUAUAUACAAACUGAUUUAAGUGCAGACUCAAGUCUCGCAUCCAGUUUCAGUCGCUCCGGCAUGGAUGAGUCUUCCCUAAGUUGUCGUCAGCCGCGUCGUCUCGGCGAGGAUCUGCUCAAGAUGUUUCUGCAGGAGAUUGCCACCGAUAUGCUGGUCGAGGUGCAUGGACGACGCAUACGUGCCCACAAAUGUAUUCUACGGAGUCGUUGUCAGUAUUUUGCCGCCAUGUUGGCUGGACAUGGUUCCCAGAGUGUUGUCUCACUCCAGGGAUAUUCCUAUGCAGCAGUUCAUUUUGCAUUGUGCCACAUUUAUUCGGGUGCCUCGCAUCCACCGGAUGGCAUCAGUCUGAUGGAGCUGGCCGCUUUGGCAGAUCUCUUGGGCCUGGAGGGCCUCAAGGAGGUCACUUCGCACGCCCUGAAGACCAACUAUUGCCACAACUUCCAUAAGCCUUGCUCUGGCUGCAUCGAUGGCAUACUCCAGGUGCUGCCCGUGGCAUUGAAUCACGCUCUAGAUGAUCUCUAUCGCAAGUGCUUGCGCUGGACGUGUCGCCAUUAUCUGAAGGUCUGGCCAACGCGUCAGUUUGCUCAGCUGCCGUCGGAUAUUCUCGGACGUUGUCGUCAACAAAUUGUUGCCUAUUUGACCUCCGAGACGGUCCUGGACACGGUGCUGGACUGUGAUCAUCUGCUGGCGCAGUUGUCCGCCUAUCGCUGGGGUCAUGUUUGUGAGCAGCUGGUGCGCGACAUCCUGGACGCAGCCUAUGCCUAUGUGGGCGAUCACUUUGCCAGUUUGAUUGCCAGCGAUUCAUUCCUCUCGCUGGGUCACGAUCGCAGUCGCCACAUUCCGAGACUUGAGACGUUGUUGCUGCAAACGGCAGCUGCACUCACUCCCGAGCAGGCUUGUCGCAGCUAUCAGCGUGUGACGCGACUCAACACUGUGCUGCAGGCGAAGCUCAUCCAGAUGCCAGUGAAUCUGGGCGAGUUGGCCAAGGAGCUGCAGGGAUUGCAGGAGGAACAGCUUGACUGGCAGCCGGAAUACAUACGUUUGGUUAGUGCUCUUGUCUACGCCGUCGAGCAGUGCCUGAUUAGGCAGUGUUCACGUGCCAUGCGUUUCACAGCCUGGCAACGCAUGGAUCUGGAGCUACGCAAGAAAAUCCAGACCAUGGCGAGGUUGACAGAGCCAUUUGAUCUGAAGCGCAACGGCGGCAAACCCGUGAGCAAAGCCUUCUCAUUUGGCGGCAGCACACGUAGCCAGGAUCUGGUGCAGAUCAAGCUGGCCAUUCAAGCGCAAUCGAAACGCGCCCAGGCACAGGAGACGCAGUCAUACAAGGCCACCCAGACAACCUACGAGGCGGGCAAUGUGCAGACCACGGAGAGAGGUGUGCAGGCACAGGGCAACCAUGAUCUGCGCGAAGGCAGCAGUAAAUUAUUAAAAUCCAAUUCACGCGCCUAUGUGCCACAACCGCAACGUGCCAGCUCUCAAUCUGCAACCGAUCGCCACAGUCUUAACUCGCACAGACGCACACAGUCGGAGGCGCCGCCUGCGACACAUCGGAAACCCGUAGCAGCUGCUGUGGUGGCGCCACCGCCACCACCAGUAGAAGCCAAGGUUGCCCAAACUGUCCAAAAUCGGAACUCUGCUCCCGUGGUGCGUGCACGUUAUCUGGAGCCGAGGAAACCGCGUGCCGUCAGCGCCAACAACAGCAGCAACAGCAACACGGGUCCGAUUCGCAGUGCCACCAGCUCGAGUAUUCCGGCGGCACGCAAGGCACAGGCUAAAAAUCUGCAUAUAUCUUCCAGCGAUAGUUCACGCAACUCGAGUCCAGCUGCAGUGCGUCGUGGACAGAAUGGCCCUCGGUUGGGCAACAAGUCGAGCAACAUGUCUUCAGAUAGUUUGGCCAAAAGCGGAUCACGGGAGCGUUAUUCCUCGGAUCUCAAUGUGGACUCGCUGGCGGAGAGCAUGAAGAGCUCGGUGAUAACAAACAAAACGAUCUCACACGAAUCGCUGUCGAGCAGCUCCAAAUUGGCGCGUGUGCAGCAGCUCAAUGGGCAUGGACCCAAGCAGACAACAACCACAACAACAACUGCAACACUGCAGCCAUUGAGGGGCACACAACGCAGCUCAACAGUUGGCAAUCGAUCAACGCGACAGUUGAAGCAACAGCACAAUGCGGGCACUUCAAAUGGUUCCAGUCCAAGUUCGGUGCAUACAACCAAAUCAGCAACAAGUCGUUUGUCCUCGGUCAGCAGCACGUUGUCCACGCGUGAGCUCUUCAAACAACGUUCCAUAUCGGUGCCAGCUGGAGGAGAUGCUCCAACUAAGGGGCGUCAUAGUUUUCUCUCAGCCAAAUCGCGUGAGAUACUUGCCAAGCGAGCCGAGAAGAACAAGCUACAACAACAGCAGCAACAGCAACAACAACAGCAGCAGCAGCAACACAGCUCGGAAGAUGAGCGAACAAUACAAUUGAGAGCAUCUGCAGGUCCGUUGCGCUCCUCGUCACAUUCCGCCGUUAGCAGCAUGCUGCAGCAGCACAAUCUGCGCAAUAGUUUGCCCUCCAAUAUACCCACAAGACGUCCCAAUACGCUGCACUUGCGCAAGACAACAACAACAACAGCGGCAACAACAGGAGCAACAACAAAUGGACACAAGUUGGCCACAACAAAUGGCGUUGUGAACGGCACACAUCAUUACAAGUCUGCCCAGGCGGUCAAACAGAAACUCGAUUUGCUCAUCGAUGCACAGCUGGAGAGCAGCAAUAAUUGCCAACGUGUCGAGUCCAAACUGGAACGCUCCAGCACAUUUUGCAAGGACAGCGCCGAUUUGGAUCUGGAUGUCAGCGAGCUGCAGAUCGUGGAGUAAAUAUACAAAAAGGUCAUAUUAAAUAUGUACCGAUCGAAAGAAACCCAUACACGUCCCAUAAGGCAACUCUAGUCAAUAAUAGCAUGUAGUUGCAGGCGCAGGAAACCAUUAACAAUAAUCCAAUAAUCAAUUGAGAUCAAAAUUACAAUGUUACUACAAAGCAAAUGGAGCAUCCACUUAAUUGAUAGCAGUUAUAUGAAUACAUACAACAAAAAACAUAUUGUCGUUAACCUCCUCCCCAAAAAUUAUACAAAAUUACUGACUAACUAAGUACAUAUUAUUAUUAUUAUAGUAAAUGCAUUGUAUGCAGAUCGGAGUCGAGUCGAGUCGAAGCAAUGUCAAAAUGAUAAACAAAUUCGGUGAUAUUAUUUAGUGUGCGCUUGUUUAAUCUCUCUUAUUCAUUUAAAUAUUUGAAUGCUACAAUUGCUGUGCUUCAUAGCUAUCAACAAUGCCAAUAUAACUUAUAUACUUAUAUGUGCUUUUGUCAGCUGCAUUUAUAAAAGUCUCUGCACUGCAGCUUUAACAUUGUUAACUGAACAACUUAACUCUCUAUUCUCCCUCCUCUAAUAUUUUAAGCCAUGCAAUUUUUUAUACUGUUGUUUAUUUUGAAUUUUUUUACACGUAGUUCAGCAAAUCGGGCGCGCAACCAAGAAAAAAAACGUAUUUUUUCGUUGAUUUAUACCUUUUAAUUAUUUGAUAUAAAACACAAAGAAAUCUAUUUUGUAAGCAAACCGACAUUGAUAUAUUGAUACAAUGAUAAUGAAGUGCAAGUUUAAUAAAUGUGUGUAUUUAUUAAAAGUUA